ACGACAUGUCGACUUGCGAAAUCAUACUCCGUAUACUUCACCUCAUCAGCGAUGCCCAAGACAGAGACGGACGAACUCAACCCUUACUGCAGCCAUUAAUUCUCUAUGCGUCCAGCGUCAUAUAUAUUGCCGGAAAUAUCCUUCACCGGAGAAGCGAGGUUGACUGACCAACCUGACCAGUACCGCCGCUGAGGCGCCGUACAGAAGGAGAGUCCGUAAUCCGUAUCUACGUCGACAGGGAGUAACAGAGCAGACCGCCGGCGGUAACGCUGGGAAUUCCGACCGGAGGAGGAAACCAGUCCAUCGGACCACCUGUGCCGCCAGACCAUCGUUCAAGUAUUCCACCGCUGGUAUAUAUACCCCACUGCCAAUGCCCGAAGGAAAGAACAUCGACGAAGGAGAGACCAUUUCCGACGUCGAGAGGAGGCUGCCGGAGACGUUCUACAUCGCUGCAACUUCUGCUGCGAGGAAGAGGGGAGCUACAGCAGUUCGCUCUUGUUGAUCCAGGAGUAUUAUCUCUGGAAGGAGAAGUGCUGCCGGAAGCCGCCGCAUAGAGAGCCGGUCACCUCUUCUUUUUCCGCCAAAGAAGGACGACAUACAAAGGUGAAUUUGGAGACGGUCAAGAUAGAAGCUUCGGUUAGGAUUUACCGCAAUUUGAGGAAUUGAGGAUCAUGUUGAAGUUGAUUUCGAGAGCUUCCGCUAGAACACAUAGACUAAAGUGAUUUGAGUAAUUUAUUUUAGUCUUAAUUUUAAAGAAUUGUAGUUGAACAAUUAAUUAACUAAAAUUUUAAUUGUUGGUGGUGGAUAGCCUGUGCACUCGGUUAUGUGAGAACCGAGUGUGGCGGUAACGCCCCAGUUUCCCUUUGAAUUUUCCGCUGCAUAAUUCUGAUAAAUCAUUAUUUAAAUGUAUUUUUGGGUGGGAAAUUUGGGGGUGUUACAAGUUGGUAUCAGAGCCUUUGAUUUUUUUUAAUGGGGUUUCCAAAUAAAAGUAUUUCCUAAAGUGACUAUGGUUUUAAAAAAAAAAGUUUCGAACAUUUUUUUUGACCUUCUAAACCUUCAAUGAGUAAUACCAACAAGUUGGUAUUAGAGAAAUGUUUUUCUGAGGAAUCUUUUUCAAAGUGUUCUUCCAAAGAGUUUUCUAAAAAAAAAAAUUAUUUCAAAAGAUUUCUAAUGUUUUGUAAAUUUUCUUAAGUGAUACCAACAAGUUGGUAUCAGAGACUUACGGUUUUCGAAUGGGGAUUUUUGCAUAAAAGUUUUCCUUCAAUGACUUCGGUUUUCAAAAAGGAGUUACUAAAGUUUUCUAAAAUUUUGAUUUUCAAAAAAAAAAAAAGUUUUCUAAGAUUUUCUAAAACUCCAACUAGUGAUAUCGGCCAACAAGUUGGUAUAAAGAUUUUCUUUUCUAAAACAUAUAAAAAAAAUUACAAGACGUUUUCUCAAAUGUUAAAAAAAAAAGAAGUUGAAACCCGUUUUUCUAAAUGUGUUUUGAAGAAAAAAAAUAAACAUAAGAAUAAUAAUUGGACUAAGAAAUAAUAUAUUUAGGAUCGUGGUGAGAAUGUGAGGUUUUGAAUUUCUAUUCUGGUGGAGUUUGUGGUUCUUUGAAUUGUUUGAGUUAUACUUAUAUGAGAUAUAUCAUUAUUGAUUCAGUUGAGAAUGAGUUUGGACUUUUAGGGGAACUUACAAAAUUAUGUGAAUAGUGAGUUAUUAGGUAAGGUAGUAUAAUUGUGAAUAUCAUUCGAUAUACUUCAUGUCCUAAACAUUAUUCUUUCAAGUAGACAAUGAAGGCAACAAGAAACAAAGUAGAAGACAAUGUCGCCGCACCGACGAAUGCGGAGUUGACUCAAAAUAUGGUUCAACUCAUCCAGACUAUCGGGAGUGUGUUAGUUCAGAACCAACACCAACAACGUCUCAAAAACCACAAUGAUUUAGCGAAACUUGUAGCGAAGUGCAAUCCACCGUGUUAUUUAGGCCAAGAAGAUCCUCUCAUCCUUGAGGAUUGGAUUCGCACUUUCGACAAACUUUUCGACACUAUAAACUGCCCUGCAGAUCAACGAAUUAAUACGGCUGCGUACUAUCUACGUCAAGAAGCAGACAAUUGGUGGGCCACGACUGCCCCAACGUUGCGUCAACAACCUGACUUUUCUUGGGAGACGUUCAAGGAGGCAAUGCGAAAGAGAUUCUACCCAGAGCACGUGAGAGCUGAGAAGUAUGAAGAAUUCUUACACCUAAAGCAAGUGGGUAUGACUGUCCAAGAGUAUCACGCUAAAUUCUUGAAUCUCGCACGAUUUGCACCAACACUAGUUCCCGAUGAAAUCGAGAAAACAAAUAAGUUUAUACGCGGUCUGAACUUCGAGACGCAAAAAGCUCUUUGCGUUUCAGAAUGCCAAACGUUGAACGAUGCCUACAACAAAGCUGGCAAGCACUAUCGAGUGCAACAACUCCAGAAAAAAAACACUCAAGAGAGCGAGGAAGGGGACUGAAGGAGAAAGCAAACCAAGAGGCAAACAACGUGAGCUAAAUCAACUAGGGCACACUCGGAACGGGAAGAAGAACAACAACCAAGGCCAAGCCCAGAAGCGUAAAAAGAAGAACUCAACUGAAGAGAUGCACUUCUACUGCUCGAAGUGUGGAAAAGAUCACCCCGGGAAAUACUGUGACGGAACACUCGUACGAUGUUUUCAUUGUGACAAGCUUGGACAUAGGGUGUUCGGGUGCCAUUCAAGGAAGAAGGGAAUCCCUCCAACUCGCGGACUCAAUCAUCAUGAGAAGAGUGCAAGACACAAUGGAAGAAUCCGAAAAUAGUAGGCAAAAUCAUAUAAAAUUUCUAAUUUUCAAUAUUAAUAAAUCUGUUUGAGGAUUGUGUAUCAUUUUGAUCUUAAAUGAAUAAUCUAUUUUCUUAAGUAAGUUAAAUGCUUCGGGAACGAAGCAUUCUUUUAAGGAGGGUAGAAUGUGACACUCCUAAAUUUAAUAAAAAGAAUUUCAUAUUAACUAGCACGUGACACCUGCUAAUUUUGUGGUGGAUAUUUUCUUAGCUUAUGCUUCGGGACGAAGCAUCUUUUAAGGAUGGUAGAAUGUGACACCCCGAAAAAUUGCAAUAAAGUAAAUAAAUUUUAUUAGUGAGAUAAAAUGUUACGAAAGUCACAUUUUAAUAAUUAAGUGAUUCAGAUAAUAUUUUAACAUCGGUGACAACUUUAAUCAGAUAAAAAUGUUUCAAUAAUAAAAGUGACAUUUUUAUAAUAAUUAUGUUGAUCAAAUAGGAUCUUGACUUAAAUAACAAAAGUAACAUUUUUGUAACAACUGAUAAUUACACAUGGAGUAUACAUAAUAUAUAUAAGUGACAUUAUUUUAAAAAGAGGGGCCGAUAGGAUUCAUGUUCACAACUAAACUAUAAGGGGUAUAAAAUACAUAUGGCAUAUACUUCGUAUGUUCUUAUUAUACAAGAGUAGUUGUACGCAUAAAAGUAAAGAAAAAAAAACCCCAUACAGUGAAGCUAGCUAAUAAAUUAUGCUAUGUACUGACUCGCACAUGGGAAAGAGUUAAUCGAACUUGCUCUUAGACAAAUAUAGAGAAUGAUACAAGGUGCCUAUGUGAAUCCCAUGUGACACACAUGACAUUCCCAUGUAUGUAUGUUCGGACACCACAUGUACAUGCCUCCCAUAUGCAUUUGUCUUCCCAUUCUCAAUCAUAAUCCACCCCGAAUAAAACCAAUGCGCUGGGACAUAAGGCUGGCUAUAUAGUACUUGUGUUUUCAUACGUCCGCCCGCCACAUAUAUAUACAUGUAUAUAUCGUUACAUUUCCUACGACAUGUCGACUUGCGAAAUCAUACUCCGUAUACUUCACCUCAUCAGCGAUGCCCAAGACAGAGACGGACGAACUCAACCCUUACUGCAGCCAUUAAUUCUCUAUGCGUCCAGCGUCAUAUAUAUUGCCGGAAAUAUCCUUCACCGGAGAAGCGAGGUUGACUGACCAACCUGACCAGUACCGCCGCUGAGGCGCCGUACAGAAGGAGAGUCCGUAAUCCGUAUCUACGUCGACAGGGAGUAACAGAGCAGACCGCCGGCGGUAACGCUGGGAAUUCCGACCGGAGGAGGAAACCAGUCCAUCGGACCACCUGUGCCGCCAGACCAUCGUUCAAGUAUUCCACCGCUGGUAUAUAUACCCCACUGCCAAUGCCCGAAGGAAAGAACAUCGACGAAGGAGAGACCAUUUCCGACGUCGAGAGGAGGCUGCCGGAGACGUUCUACAUCGCUGCAACUUCUGCUGCGAGGAAGAGGGGAGCUACAGCAGUUCGCUCUUGUUGAUCCAGGAGUAUUAUCUCUGGAAGGAGAAGUGCUGCCGGAAGCCGCCGCAUAGAGAGCCGGUCACCUCUUCUUUUUCCGCCAAAGAAGGACGACAUACAAAGGUGAAUUUGGAGACGGUCAAGAUAGAAGCUUCGGUUAGGAUUUACCGCAAUUUGAGGAAUUGAGGAUCAUGUUGAAGUUGAUUUCGAGAGCUUCCGCUAGAACACAUAGACUAAAGUGAUUUGAGUAAUUUAUUUUAGUCUUAAUUUUAAAGAAUUGUAGUUGAACAAUUAAUUAACUAAAAUUUUAAUUGUUGGUGGUGGAUAGCCUGUGCACUCGGUUAUGUGAGAACCGAGUGUGGCGGUAACGCCCCAGUUUCCCUUUGAAUUUUCCGCUGCAUAAUUCUGAUAAAUCAUUAUUUAAAUGUAUUUUUGGGUGGGAAAUUUG